AUGGACUACCGUGAAUGGGUCAACAAGGGGGUCCCGCCUUGUAAAAACUGUCCACUCGAGAGUGUACAGGAACUCCCCGCAGACUUUCCUUUUUUCUCUGUCUCGGCCUUCAACGAUGCAGUCAUCCAGCUUCGGUCCAGAUUAGCGGAGACGCGAUAUUUUUCUGCUCCUAUGACCCAUGCAUCUGGGGCCGCCUUUCGCCAGCUAAUUCAGGGCCAUAUGGCCGAGGAGAAUGAACGGACGAAGUAUACCGGCUUCACACAGAUGUAUACGGCCGAUGCGCUGCUUCAUAAUUCUCCUCUUCGAGAUGCCGUGCUGUCUACUGCAGCUCCAGGGGAGAAGAUUAUCCUACAGCUCUGUGGAAACAACCCAUCUACCUUUCGUGCCGCUGCAGAACUCCUUCACGACUCCCCCAUUGCUUCUCAACUUGUUGCACUGGACAUCAACCUAGGCUGUCCCGCCUCGUGUGCUUCAAGCAAGGGCUAUGGCUUUUACGUAGCUCAGAAUUGGCCUCUUGUGCAUCAGAUAAUUUCAGAGACGUCGUCAGCACGCCUAUUCCCAGUCACUUGCAAGAUUCGGCCGCUGAACUCUAUAGAAAAGACCAUAGAUUACAUGGUGCUCCUAGUAAUGUCUGGUGCUUCUGGCAUCACAAUCCAUAUGCGCCAUACGACUCGGCAAGGUAAGCACGCCCAGGCUGUACGACCUGCCUACCAAGAGUUUGAAGAGCUUGUUCGCGCAUUCAGACAACGAUUAGACACACUCUUCACUGGCCUGGGUGGAUCUGAAACUGCACAAGAGAACCCACAUGUCUACCCCGUUAUAAUUCUGAAUGGCGGCAUCAAGAACAGACAAGAAGCAGACCAUUUACUAGCCACUUAUCCUGCAGACGGCGUCAUGCUGGGUGUUGGUCUGCUUAAGAAUCCCGCCUGUCUUUUGAAAAAUGCCCCCCAAAUACCUGGGAAAAACAGGAUUGCAUUUUGGGUCAAUGAGGCCCUGAAAUACCUAGAUCUUUGCGAAAGCUUGUCCCAGGAGAGCAUAGGUCAAGAAAACCCACUGAAGGUUACCCCCAUGGCAAGCCACAAAGAAAUAAUUGGGCACACCAUGCGGCUUAUGCAGAAUGUGUCUGCAAAACGCUUCAAUGAACCGAUCAAUAGAGCAAAAAGUAUCGCAGAGUUGAGGGAGUUUCUCACCAAGGUGUUGUGCGCUCAAGCAUCCGAUUGA